GGAGCAUUAGAAGUAAGAAUAAUUUACCUUUUUACAAUACGGUUUUGUACAUAUCUACACGAAAUAGAUAAACAUACAUGUAUUUUUUUUUACUGGCAGCACAUUAACAUGUUUUUUCACUAAAAUGAAUUUCCAAUUUUAGGCCAAAUUAGUUGAAAUUAUUACAUUGCUGACUUUGAGAAUGUUUCCAGUUCUGUUGUUUUUAAUUUGAAUUUGAAAUUCACUUGGAAUUCACUUUAGUAAAUAAUCCUGUAUAUGUUUAACUUUAUGUUCUGACAGUGUGAAUGCGUAAGUGUAUGAGAAAUUGAACCUAAGUGUCUGGGGGAUGAGAGUGAAUGAGGUUUGAGUGGCAUGCGAGGGAGUAGGUAAACUGGCACAGAAGACUGGGGAGGAGAGAAGACUGUAAUAAUGAAAAAGACAGUUUUUCUUAACAAAAGGAGAUCUCUCUUAAAGACGUAUUGCCAUCCAAACCUUAUGUCAAAUUUAUUAUAAUUUUAAAAUAAACUUGUCAUAAGGCAAAGUUUUUUGCUGUAACCGUCAGGUGUGGAGUUGUCUUAAAUAUCCCUAUGGAUAAGCCUUCAUUGAGAAUAUAUAAUAAUUGUAUUAAGUAAUAUAUAAUGUAAUUAAUGCAUAAGUUAAUAUAUAUUUUAAAAUACAGAUAUAAGAUCAAUUCACAGAGCUGGUUAGUAGGAGGCAUAGUAAAGUUCAUUAUUAUGUAUGUUAAAGGGACACUCCACUCCCCUAAUAUAAAAUAAAUAAAAAUCACUAUUUAGUAGAUAUAUCCCAAAUGAAAACUUGCAUGAAUUUAAUUAUGCAUUGUUUCAUUGGGGUUAUAUCUAAAACCAGUUUGAAAAAACUGCAGAUUUCUUGUCUGCUGCCCUUGCAAGCCCUCCUCUUCUAACCACACCCAAACUUUCUGUUGCUGUCCAAUCACAGACUUCCCAAUGCAGCUCAAUAAGAAGUCUUUGCAAGGCAGGGGCUCUAAGCAAUUACUGCCUCUUGAAUUCAGUGCAAGUAAGCUAACCAAACCUGGAAGUAACAGGACCUGUUGUCUGCUUGAAAAGCCAGGAGGGUGAAACCAUUAUAAUUUUCUAAAGUGUCAAUUUCUAUUGAAAUCUGCACUUUUUUCAGGGUGAAACCAGUAUAAUUUAAAAAAAAGUGUCAAUUUUUAUUGAAAUCUGCACUUUUUCCAAAAUGAAAUAUUAGGACAAACUCUUCACACAUAAAGUUUUUCAGCAAGCUUAAGUGCUUUAGGGGUCUGAAGUGGCCCUUUAACAAGUAAAACCUUAAAAUAACACUGAACAUUUAAACGCUUAAUGAAUUGAAAUAGGUUUGGCAUCACCAAUUAACUAUAUGUGCUAUUUUCUUUUUGUGCAAUUUAGUGAAUUAUGUUCCAAAUUUUAAAUUGCAUAACAAUAAUGACAAUAGGGAUUUAAAAAAAAAAAAAAAUAGAAUGGACUUAUAAGUGUAUUAUUAUUAUUAUUAUUGCCAUUUAUAGCUCCUAAUAAAACAAUCUAUGAAACUGCAAUCCAGUUCUGAAAUUUAUUUUAAACAAAAACAGAAAGCCUUUCAAACACAAGCGAUAAUUUUGCAGUUGUUUAAAAGGCAGACAAACAGAUCUAACAAAAAAAAAAAAAAAGGCAAUUCUGAGAAGUACAAGGUCAAGAGGAGAAAUUUAAUUAGAAAUAACUAUAUUUCAACAUCAUACUCUGUAAACAUUUUCAAGAGCACCAUUCAAUAAAAUAAAUACUAAUGACCAAAUAUACUGUGUAUACACAGACACACACAAACAUUCACACAUUUUUUUUUCUAUGUUGAAUCCUGAACUAGUUUAAGAUAAAUAGAAGUAUCUUAUUCUAGCAGCUGCACAUUGACAAGGAUGUGGACUGUGGAUAUACUGUGUGUACUCCCUGUCUUUCGAUUGGAUUAUUUCCAUGUAGGGAGGUGAGCUACAGACCUUGGGAAAAAUCCUGCCCUCUAUGCACAGACAACAUCUAUCAGCCUGCACUGAGCUGGAACAUGGAACUUAGGAGCUCGGCUACAAAGGAUACGCUCAAAGGACACCGCAGCAGGCAUUGUGAAUUCCAUCAUUCUACGCAGUUUACUGCUGCAAAAAUAACACCUAUGGGAAGAUAUAUUAAACCAGAAAAUAUUCUGCACUGAAAAAUGACCUCUAAAUAGACUCACGCAGAGAUUUUCUCAUAUUUGGGAAAUGUGUGCCUCUUACACUGCUUAAUGGUCACUAAAUCUUCCCUUUAACAAGAAGUAUAUGCCAAGUGAUGAUAAAAGGGGCACUUUAUGGAACAGGUUGUGAAGAUUCGAUUUGAACAGAUAUUAAGUUCUCGUCAGUAAUGAAGAAAGCCUUCUGGAAGAAUGGGCUCAUGGAGAAUCUCUGAUCACAAACUAGUUUAAAUUCUCACUGAUGCUAAGGACAUAGAGACAUCCUCAGCAGGGAAAAUAUAGCGUCCGUCUCGUCUGUGAGAACUGAGUGAGUUUAAUUGGGUUUUAACUGAUAUUCUUUGCUCUAAGUCGUUCUGUAUGUUCUUCUCCCAUGGGGACAAUUUUAAAGGCAAAGGGGAUAUCAGUCGUUAUUAUAUGGAUGAAUAGAAUGACUAUCAAGAGACAAGGAUAGACUAGCGUCGAUGUAAUUUUUCUCAGAAUCUCAUCAGAUCAAGGUAAGAUGAAGUUUGUGUGUGAAUGCGCUUACCGUGCAUGUUAACAAUGUAACAAUAUGCAGACAGGCACUUGUAGAAUUGCAGUUAACUUCAACACACAGCUGGGUUUCCUCAAUGUCAUAAAUUAGCUUAAAACAUAUACAUUAAAACACAGAAUGUAAAAAGAAUACUCCUAUGUGCAGCAAUGGAAUAGUAUGGGUUUACAAACAUACUUGGUUUACACAUAUGGUGCUGCAAAGGACAAUAUUGCAUUACAGUAAAUGAUCUACCUGAUCACUUGAGCAGAUCGUCGUUUAACGUUUGGAGUGCCAGGACAGAUAUGAUUAGAAAAUGGGCAGGUACAUUUUGAGAUAUUUUCUUUCUCUUAUUUAACGGUGUAUUCUUGAGGAUUGUGUACGAUUUAUUACAGGAAAACAAUAUAUUGCUUUUCAGAGGACAGAAUUUUUUUUGAUGCGUUACCUAUAUACAACAUGAUUUGAUGUGAAUUAAAAAUGUUGUUUUGUCAGUCUUGCCUCCAUGAAUUAUAACACAAUAGGUGCAUCUAAAGGCAAACCUUUGCUAAACCUAACACACUAACCCUAGGUUUACAAUUACAGUUCUUUAUAUAAUGCCAACACAUUCUGAGCUAAAUGAAACACCAACCCUACUACUAAGCCUAGGGCAGAGCUAGGUAAUCUCAUGCUUGCUGCCUUGCCAGCAUUAUGGCUGUAAGAGCAUUAAUGGAGAUGUCCACAACAUCUGGAAUAUGGAUGGCUGUCAACCCCUGCUCUAUGGGUAGAUUUACCUAAUCCUAACACCACAGUAGGAUUAUGGUCACUAUUUAUUGAACGGAUGGGAGGAAGUGGAGUCUAAAGUGAUGUUGGUGCCCUGGUAAUUAUUGAAGCACCAACAUCACAAUAACCAUAGCGAUGCUCCCCGCAAUGCUAUGGAGGACACCUUUCAUGGCCUGCUUUGUGUAACCUUGGGAACAUCUUGUAUUUUAUAUGGGUCCCCCCACGGCUAAAAGCAGUAGCAUGGACAUGAUUUGCAAUGAUCAAUCUUUCACUAAAGUGAAAAUUCCCUGACAUUCUGAAUUUCAGUCCACAAUAGCCAAGUCAGCUCUGCGUCCAGUUUAGCUACUUUGGAAUAAAAUCUGAAAUUACUUUUAAUUCACACUUUGGGGACUGUGUGCUCUACAGCCAACUAGAGUCAUAGGGCAGCAAGUGACGGUUGGGGGGCAACCUUGAAGUUAAGGGAAGGUCUUCCAUACAUGCAGGGGAUUUUUAAUCCUGUAUUGCAAGGCAACAUGUAUGCUAUGAGGUUGACUUUUAAAGCCUACAUUAUUAGCCAAUAGCCACGUAAAGGAUAUGUGGUCACUACUCAAAGGGUCAAACACCUUAUUGAACAACGUGAUAUCACACUCAAACUUACUCAACCCAACCCCCAACUGGAGUCAGCUACAACUUACUUGCUUUAAUUUUCAUAGAGGAGAGCAAGCAAAGGAGGAGGUAUGUUGCCCUGGUAACAGGCUCCUCCUUCACCUGGGAUCUGUUGUGAAACACCAGACUAGAAGGGUCUGUGAGUAUGAGUGUGUGAAUGAGUAAGUGGGAGUGGGUGAAUGAGUGAGUGGGAGUGUGUGUGUGGAGGAGAGGAAUGUAAGAGAGAUUUAGAUCUAUAGUUGGCUUAGUGUUUUAAGAGUUGCAUGGCUGAGCAGCUUUGGAACCAUAAAUAAUUAAAUUUUAGUUUUUAAAAUAUCUAACUAUGUAAAAAAAUAAAUUAAAAAAAUUAAUGUGAUAUAAAACAUACAAAGGGGGUGAAAUGUGUGUUAUUGGUAAAUAAUGCCAUUUUGGGAUUUUGAGAACAUCCAUAAAACAUGCAGCCUUUGCUUGUAUUCUAUAUAGUUAUAAGAACCCCUCAAUUUCAUUAUAUUCCCUUAUGUUAAUGUAUUCUCCAUGUUAUGUUCCUAGCAAUGCAACAACAUGUGUCCUCAUGGGAGUAAGAAAAAUAUAUCUAUUCUGUGACAGCAUAUAAAAUAAUAGGAUAGCACAAUUAACCCCAUAAUAGAGCACAUAAUUAUAUCAUUAUUAUUACAACAACAUGCCGAUCAAGUUAACAAAUUACAAUAAACACAGAGCAUAUUGGUGUCAAUAAGUGUGCAGCUUUUUCCAGUGACAAUAUAAAUAUAUGACAAAAUGAUGUAUAAGUACUACUAUGAAAGACAUGAAAUAAUGUAACACUAUUACUAUCAAAGAAAAGAAAUAGAGAAAAUAAAACUGAAUAAAUUGUAACAUCAUACAAUAGUGACAGCCAGUGCAGUAAAACAUAAAAGCAAUAUAAGGUGUAAAACACAAAACUAACGUGUAUUAAUAUGACAGUAAUAGCAAUAUACAUACAAGCAUGUGACAGUGUGAACAAUGGAAUAAGAACAGUAGAGAAGAUGCACAGUUUACUCUUUCACAAAUAUAUUCACUUGCAAACUUUGUUGUGUUUGUUUGCGACAUGUUUUGUCACAUCAAAAUAGAUGCAACGCUAAACUCGAAUCCCAACCUUAUCCAAAAUUUAUAAUCCUAAUUUUAACUCUACUUUUGUCUCUAAACUGGAUUUACAUGCCAAAUGCCUGUGGACAUAGAAUUCCCAGUGCCCCUGUGUAACCUCGUCCCUCAAAAAAUUUAAACAAAAUUCAGGUAGCGUAAAUUUAAUGCAGUUAAAUACUGGAUAUUGUAUACAUAAAACAUCUGGAAAAUAAAUCCAUAUUUUUAAACUGCAGAUGUAUUCACUUUUGUGUCUUUCGUGCUUGUAGAGCGUUGUUGUUGUGUGUAGUAUGAGUAUAUGUGCAUUUGUGUGAGUGAAAAUGUAUGUGUCUAGAUUUCUGUAUUGUUGGGUAUAUUGUUUUUGUUGUUAUUGUAUUGUUGGGUAUAUUGUUGUGUAGUUGGUGUUUGCAUGUAUGUGUUUCUGGGUAGCACGACUGUAUGUGCGUGGGGUGCAGCAUGAAGAAGUACCAGUAAGGGGUUUAACGUAUAAGUAUUCCUGUCAGAGAUUUUUACCCUGGAUUUCUUUCCUUUUUCACUCAAUGGCUUAUGUUAUUUUUCUGUUUUAAGUACUUCAUAAUAAAGUAAUCAAAUUUAAUGUGAUCUUGGGUUUGCCUGAAUAUUUUCCAUUUUAUGACCUGAUUUGUAGGGAUAGAAAAGUGUUAAAGUCGGUGUUAAAUUAAAUCAUGUGUCUAGUUUUUUUUUAAGGAUUAUGGGUUUAGGGUUAGAUUUAACAUUUAGUAUUAGGGAACAGAUGCGUUUAUGGUUUAACAGGGGUCAGACUUCUUAAACUUCUAAUUUCAGCAGGAAUGGAGCUCACAGACAAAACUAUCCCCCAUACUUGACCAUUUCACAGUGCCUCUGUUCGUGUCCACUUAACCUAGGAAACCUAGGUUGCACUGUGUUAAAUAAAGACUGACAUACAUAAACUCCUACGUCUGUCAUCAAUAUUAAUAAAGAUUAAAAUUAAGAAUGACAUACAUAAGUUCCUAUGUAUGUCAUCAAUAUAAAGGAUACAAAUUAAUCCACUAAACUGGGAAAUGUAAGUAAUUGAUAGUAGUGUUGACAUUUGAAUGCAGGGGUGUGUUGUGUGUAGUGUUGGAAUGUGAAUGCUGUGGUGCAUGCACAUAUACCCACGCAUUGCCACACACACAGACAUUUAAAUAUAUAUUACGCACAGACACACAAUCAUAUCAAGUAAUAAUUUCUGUAUUUUUAGCCACCAUCUUGGUUCCAUAAUGUUUGGGUGCUGGCUUCCCUGUAGUGCAGUGGGACCAUGCUGCAGCAAUUGUUGUCUGAGGCUGGUUCUCCAGGAUCUCUCAGCCUGCACUCCCCCCUACUCCUCCAUUCUCUUGUGCCCCCUUAGCAGAUCUCUGUAAACUCGGAGGAAGUGACCUCCUAUUUCCUCCAACAAUGCAGCCCAAACUGCCAAUCUGAAAAUGGCCAAGUCAUGCUAUUAAAGUGCCCAACUGGCCCCUGAUCAGAGAUGCCCAUCGGGUUGAGAGAACCAUCUGAUGGGCUCCUCUAGCUUGCCAUUUCCACCACUGGACUUACAGAUAGGGAUAUGCACUAAUCUAAUAAUUGUCUGGAAAAUGACCAGGGAACAAUUGAGUUUAAAAUUGUCAAACUUGAAACAUAAACCGAUUUAAAGAAUUUUAAGAUUUUGGCUAUUUUAACCUAAAAUCUUAAUUUCCUAGUUUAGUUCCCAAUGACUCUUAGUUUGUGAAUAACACAGAUAGCAUAAAACUAAGUUUUGCUAUGUAACAAUCUAUUCUAUCAUUGUAGGUUUAGUGAAGCUUUUUUUGUGUAGGCUCUAUCUUUUUUAUGAGAGAACCUGUGCAGUAGAAAUACAAACAUGGUGUUUUCUAACUCGCUGGAUAACUUCAUUAAUGUUUUUUUCAAUGAUUAAAUGACUUGUAAUUGAUUCACUACUUAUUCAAUAAAAAUCUUGUUGGGCAUUGAACGUGAACAGUACUUCCCAUGAAAAUAGUAUAAAGGCCAUGCGUAAACACAUUCUCUUCUACAUUAGGGUCUUUCGCUAACUGUAUUCUGAAUAUAUAGAUUGCUAUUGCUAUUGUUAAAUGUAAAAAAAAAAAACCAUUAAUGUUACAUGGAAGUAAUAGAUAUUGAACAGGAAGAUGUUAUAAUUUAUCUUUUUUUUAAGCUUGUUUUAUGGAUGAACAUAUGCUUUUUAUGUUAUGCAGGUAGAAGUCAUGAUGAAGACUAUUUCUAGUGGGAGCUGUACACUCAGUGUCCCGUCCAAAAACUCCUAUCGCAUGGUUGUGCUUGGAGCCUCCAGAGUGGGUAAAAGUUCAAUUGUGUCACGUUUCUUGAAUGGGCGAUUUGAAGAUCAGUACACACCAACCAUCGAGGAUUUCCACAGAAAGCUCUAUAAUAUAAAAGGAGAAAUGUACCAGCUGGACAUCCUAGAUACUUCGGGGAACCAUCCCUUCCCAGCUACAAGAAGGUUGUCAAUAUUGACGGGUAAGAUUAUGGACUAAUUUAUGGCCUUCAAAGCACAUUCCCAGUGUUGCAGAAAUUAAUACUGUGUUACACUGUGAGAUAUUAUAUUUAGAGAUCUGCAAACUAAAACAUUAGGGGAUAUUUAUCAAAGUGUUCUAUAAUGUGAUGGUUAAAGUAUGUUAUUAUUUUGAUUAUAUAUAUUAAAGUGUUCUACAAUAUGAUCUAAAAAGAGAGGGUAUAGUUUAUUGCAAAAUCUUCUGUAUCCACUCCAGAAGACCACCAAAUCUAGAGUGGUGGAAAGCAAGAGAAGUGAAAGACAAAAAAAAAGUAGUGGAAAAAAAAAAGAAAUAAUGGUUAACGUACAAAAAAAGCCACGGAUGAAAGAAUUGCUCCAAAAAUUUGCAGAAAAUGAGAUGUCAAAUUGUUAGCAACUGAUAAAUCUCCCUUUCUAUGUUCUUUAAUGGAAGAACAUUUUAUAGUGAAAGGCAAUGCUCCAAAGCUGGAGUAUUUUGUAUCACAAAUAAAUAGUAUAAUUCAAAGUUAUUUCAAUCUACAAAGAAAGUUGUAUUUCACUAGAAUAAAAAAAUGCAGUCACAAUAAUACAUUCAGGGUCAUUUUUAUGUCUAUUUAGCUUAGAAAACAACACCAAUACUCCGUUCUUUACGGUUAACCUAGUUCACCCAAGUGUUUUUAUUUAACACUUUUCACCUUACAAUAAGGUAUAACUUUGUUCACAGUAUGUCACAUCAUGUGAACUAUAUUAAAUUGGAAAUUAUGGCCUUCUAAAAAUUAGCUAAACUUAGAUACAGACUAUACUAAAUAGCAACAUGUUUUAUAUUUGAUGUCAAAUGUUAUUAAUAGUAAAAUCUAAAAGUCAUAACAGAAUUCCUUUUAGAAUUAAUUUUGGAUCCCAUUCUAUGAUAGAUAAAUUACUACCUGAAAGAAACGGCUCAAAAAGAAAUUUAUCUAAUUUUCCUUAGUGUAUGUUCUUCUGCAAACUUUUUUUUUUUUUUUUAAUAUAUUUUUUUAUUAUUUUCGGUGCAUGCCAUUGAACAUGUAUGCCAAGUAUGUAGCGUAAAACAAGGAGACACACAGGUCUCGGGUAGAAAUGGCAAAAAGAAAGCAAUGGUUCAGUACAGUGUGGGCUCGCAGGCCCCUGUUUCAGUGGAAAGCUUUUUUGGCUCGCAGGCCUCAGUCAUGGCCCCUACCAGGAAUGGGGGCAAUCAAAACUAUCGCUGGAGUCAGACCUCCUAACUAUCAAGCACAUGACUCCUUCUUUCCCCGAAUAACCUAGCGUAGCCGCUCUUUUAACUCUUGUAGAAAAAGUGUUUCUCAUAUAAUUCUUCUAACGAAUGCCCAAAAACCAAGUGUGUCCAUGUAUAUUUUUAUGCGUCUCAUGGUAAAGAAGGCAUUGGGUUUGAUUGUGCACAUUGUCAAUUCGAAUUGAUGUAAGCUAUCGUGAGACCCGCUAGUCUCUUGCUUGUGUUCGUAUUGGCGGCUUGUGGGCCCAUGGUAGGUAGCAAUCUUUCGAGUAAGGUAUGGGGGCAUCGGAUGUUGUGUGUUAUGUCCGAUGGGUUGUGUUCUGCCCACGUGUCGUAGGUCAGUUAUCUGUCUUCAGGAGUCAGUGUGUGGAUAUGGCCCUGCUGACGGCAGUGGCGUGCCUUUGUAUUUUUUUUGUUUUUCCCCAUAUCCCUGCGUGUCCCAGUUCUGGUUCUGAUAGGCUAUGUGGGUUCGGGUUCAGUGGUGCUGUUCCCUGUACCUCCCAUUGGUGGUAUUCCGUUGGGCUUGUGUAUUCGUGUGCCUUGUUCUUGUCUGCUGAUGUGUAGUGUUGGGGGGGGGGGAUUUAGGGUUAAGGGGUGUCUGGGGAGGGGGGGGUGCGUCUCUGUCUGGGUCGCGUCUGUCCAGUUCGUCUUCUAUUUUGUCGAGCUAUGCGGCCUCGCCUCCUCGUCGUCUACGUGUCGUAUUUGAGUCUAUUUGUGAAUUUUGCCUUAGUUGUGGUCAGUAUCCAGUGGGUCCAGAUUCCCGAGUACCUGUCUGGGGGAUUGGAUGUGUUCAUGAUGAGUUCCUCCAUGGUUCUUAGUUCCUCCAUUUGGGUGAACCAAGUUGUCAACUGGGGCGUUAUUGUUUUGCAUCCAGAAUUGAGGGAUCACUUGUUUGGCUACAUUUAAGAUUCUGAUGGUGAGUGAGUGUUUAUAUUGGGAUCUAGGCGACUUUGUAUGGUGUAGGAGCAUGUUUUCAGGGAGGAAGGGAGGUGGCGCGUCAGAGAAAGUUUUGAGAAAGCCAUGUAUGCCCCGCCAGAAGGGCUGUAUGGCCUCGCACUCCCACCAUAAGUGGAGCACGGUGCCGGCUUCCUUAUUGCACCUCCAGCAGAGGUCCGUGUGUUCCGGGUCUAUGGCAUGGAAUACGGCGGGGGUGCGAUACCAGUUUGUCAGCAGUUUAAACGCCGUAUCCUGCUUCCUGCUUCCUGCUGAAGACUGAGCAGUGAUGCGUUAAGUAGCAUAUCUUCUCCCAUUCUCCAUCCUUGAAAGUUCUCCCCAGUGUUUGUUCCCAUCUCCCCAUGAAUUUGGGUUUCUCCGUUGGAGUUUCCCUUUGUAGCAUGGAGUAAAUGAGUGAGAUCCCGUGCAGUUGUGGGUCUGGUCCAUACACAGUCUUUCAAAUGUGGUGGGGUCCCGUUCCCGUGCUAUGCCCCCCAGGAGAGUAUGGACAUAACUCUGUAGCUGUCUGUAUUUGAGGUGUUGUAAUAGGGUGGGGGUUGAGCCCUCUAAUAGGGUCGGGAGUGUUUUGCAGUGCGUUCCGUCGAGGAGGUGGUGUAGUCUAGGUGUCUUGUGUCGGAGUAGGUCUCUGAAUGCGUUGGGAUCUAGGCCCGAUGGGAAACUGUCAUUGUGCGUGAGUGGGAGCAGGGGGGACGGAAAUGGCGCUAGCCUGCAUCUCUUUGCUACCCUCCCCCACGCCCGCAGUGUUGCAGUCGUGUAGGGUGAGCCCAUUCCUCCGGUCCCUUCGCUCCCCUGCCAUGGUAGGGUGGACAGCGGUUUCCCAGCUUCCGUUUCCUCUAUUUCUUUCCACCUCUUGAACACUCUCUCUUUUGUCCACUCCAUAAUUCUUUGGAGGUGGCAGGAUUCAAGGUGAAGUCAUGCAUAGCCAGUCCCUCCCUGUCUUUGGGUAGCGUCAGUGCGGUCAUCUUAACUCUCGGUCCUCUAUGAUCCCAUACGUAUUUCCCUGUUGUCUGUCUCAGGGUAUGAAAAAAUGCUCUAGGGAUGAUUAUGGGUAGGGCUUGCAUGAGGUAAAGCAGGCGUGGGAGCAGGUUCAUUUUUAUUACCUGUAUCCUGCCUAGCCAUGUUAUGUGUGGGUAUGCCCAGUCCGACAGGUUUUUCCGGAACCUAUCUAAUAGAGGGAGGAAAUUUUCUCUGUAUAGAUCAUUUUCCCUCUUCGUCAGCCAUGUGCCUAAGUACUGUAUCUUGUGUUGCAUCCAUUGGAAUGUGUGGCUCUGCUUCAGGGGGGUGACUCUGUGUUCGGGUAUACUAACAUUCAGGAUGUAGGAUUUUGUGCAGUUAAUUUUAAGGUUGGAUAUCUCCCCUAAGGUCCUGAAGGCCUUCAGGACAUUCGGGAGGGAGACCUCUGGAUUGGUGAUGAAGAAGAGGAGGUCGUCUGCAUAUGCCGCAACCUUGUGUUGCAGGUCUAUAUUUCCAAUACCCUUAAUAGCUGCGUCGUGUUGUAUGUGCGUCAAGAAGGGCUCGAGUGUCAGCACGAAGAGCAGGGGGGACAGAGGGCACCCCUGCCUUGUGCCGUUUUUUAUGGGGAAUUCAUUUGUCAGGGCUCCGUUUACGAUAACGUGGGUGGUAGGCCCAUCAUACAGUGCCUCUACCCAUCUCCGGAAAUGCGGUCCCAGCCCGGUGUGUGUCAGUGUGUAAAACAUGUAUUGCCAGUCGACUCUGUCGAAGGCCUUCUCUGUGUCCGUGGACAGCAGCAGAACUCCUUCGUCUCCGCCUUUACGUCUGUGCAUGAGCGUCAACGCUCAGAUUGUGUUGUCUCUAGCCUCACGUCCCAUGACGAAACCCACCUGGUCCAGGUGUAUUAGUGUGGGGAUGUGUGUUUGGAGUUUGACAUCGCAGUUGAUGAGCGAGAUGGGUCUGUAGUUCCCACAGUGUUCCCUGUCCUUUCCCUCCUUCGGGAUAAGGGCGAUAUGCGCCAUCUGUGAUUGUUUUGGAAGGCGAUGCCCUUCCCUCAGUGCGUUCAGUGCGUCUAGGAGAGGGGAAUACAGGUGUUCUGCAAACAUUUUGUAAUACUUUAGUGGUAGCCUGUCCGGGCCUGGGCUUUUACCUUGUUUUGUCACUUUAAUGGCCUGAGCCUGUCCGGAGAAGGUGUCCCAUCGGGGGUUGAGUGCCACGUUUAGGUCCCCCCCCCACUAUGAGGAUUCCCUCCGUGAAGGGCUGUAGUUUCUUCAGUGUGCGUGCCAGGAAUUUGUAUUGUCGGUUGUUUGGGGCGUAGAUGUUUGCGAACGUGUAGUCCUGUCCUGCAAUUGAGCCUUUGAGGAAAAGCAAUCUACCCUCCCUGUCCGUCAUCUGUCCCGUUUCUAUAAAAGGUAUCUUUUUGUUAACUAGGAUGGCCGUGCCUCUCGACCUCCCUGCGUGGUAGUCGCUGUAGUAUCCCAUCGGGUAGUGAUGGUUAGUCAUUUUGGGCCUAGACCCUUCCUUAAAGUGUGUCUCCUGAAGAAAGACUACCAAGGCUCGUUUGGCGUGGAAGUCUCUCAGCGCUCCUGAGCGCUUCUCCAGUUUGUUGAGGCCUCUGGCAUUUAUGGAGAGGACAGUGAGACAGUCCGGCACUAGCGUCUUAGCGUCCAUAUGCGGGGGCGGACGUGUCAUUCGUUCUUAAAGUCACGGUCCAGUCCGGGGUUCAUAGGGUGUAUGGGUCCGUCAGUUACAGGUUGGGUGGGGGUCUUAGGGUGGAGGAGGGUUAGGGGGUUUGAGAUGUGUGUUUAUGUGUUCUCGUCACUUACGGAGUGAUGGUGAAGUGUCAGCGACGGGGAGCGAUCAACCCCGCGGCCACCUGUGAUCCGCGGUUUCUACUCACCUUUCUUAGGUCGCUGCACCCUAUGGGGCUGUAAAAGGAAGCCAAAGGACUCCGGGUGGUACCAGUCCUCCCCGUGUCCGCGUGUAUGUCAGUGGUUGGUGUGUACCUGUGUUGCGUGUUUCGGCCUGUUCGAUCCGUGUGGGUCCCCUGUCGGCUCUGUUAGUUAGGUUCGAAUCGUUAUUGAGAUCCUCAUCAGUGGAGCUCAUAUUUGUUGGGCUCCGAGUGGUAGGUCAGAGAUCAAUUGUACAACAGAACAAUGAAGCAAUAAAGCAAAACAUAUCUUUCAGAACAUUAACCUGCAAUCCUGCUAAUAUUGUGCAGUCGCAUGCAUCAUAACUCAUUAUAUUCAUGUCUGUGCGCCUAGCCCUCCGUCCUACUUUCUUCCCCCUCUGGCUCCUGCGCCCCAGCCCCAGUACGGGUCCCUCGUCUCCUUUAGGUGGGGGCUUACCCCCUCCCCCUUCCAGCCCUCCUCUCGUGCUGCCCUCUAUCCCCGUCGUGAUUCAGGUCCGUGUUUGGAAUGAGUGGUGCGCUGGUGGCAACGGCCUGGUAUGAGUGAGCCUGGGGGGCCCUAUCUUGCCUUGUGGGUCUCUAACGAGUGUAUCUGUGGGUCGGUGGCCUUGAUCUCCCUUCUGAAGCGCCUUCCCCUUCUCUUCUCUUCCCCCUCCCGCUCGUUCCCCGUGUGUGAGUUAGUCCCCCCAGCGGGGCCCGCCCCCUGCUCGGCUGGGUCAUCACAGGGCGGCCAAGGCCCCAGCGGCGAGGCCCAGUCCUAAAUAAGUGCCGGUGCACCCCCCCUUGCCCUUCGAUCCAUCUCCCCCCCGGUAAUGGCCGCGGUGUAUAUGCCGAGGGCGGGGUCGGUGCUUCCCAAGAGCGGUCCCUCUUUGGUGGGUUUUUGCACUGAGUGCGGGCAUGUACUAUCAGGGCCCCCUCCCCUCCGUGUCGCCAACUUGUGGGGUUGUGUUGUGGGAGCUCACCCUGUGUUAUAAGUAUACAGGCUUACUGUCAUGCUCGGGGGAGUGCAACGGCCCCUGUGGAAAAAGCUUGCUCCCAUCUAGUAUAGACACUCAGAGGUGCCUAUACUCUCAGAGGUGUGGGUCUGCUUGCGUGCCCCUUUUGUGUGCUUCCCCAGUUCCUCCCCCCCAACUAUGGUAACCAGGUGGACCCCCUCCUGUUCUCGCCCCCCCCUUCUCUCAGCCUGGCAUAGUAAGUGGUAGCAGUCCUGAUCCCCAAUAAGGGGGCUGGUACCCCUAUUGGAGAGUGAGUCCCGGUGUUUGGUACUUGCGGUUAUGUGCAGCGUCUGCUGGUAAUAGUCUUUUACGCCACCGUCCCCGAGGGCCGGGUGGCCUGUUGUCUGGUCCCUCUACUCCUGUGCUGUUGUGGCGGGAGCCCCUGGUUCAACGGCGGUGACAUGUAGAAGGUAAGGGGGUCCGGCUAUGUCAUAGUGAUGGGUGGAAGUUGUAGUUCCUUUUCCAGGUCGCUCAGAUCCUCCGGGUGUCAGACUGUGAAAGGUCCCUUUGUUGUGACGACCUGUAGCCCGGUCGGGAAGGUCCACCGAUACCUGAUUCUGUUGGACUGGAGAAUUCUCGUGAGGGGCCUCAUUGCUCUACGGUACGCCAGGGUGGCAGGUGAGAGAUCAGGGUACAGUUGUAUGUCUACUCCAUUCAGUGUCACCCUUUCUGUGCUUCGCGCUUUCUGUAGGAUUUCUUUCUUUAGUCGGAAACUGGCCAGGCAACAAAUAGUGUCCCUUGGAGGAGCCUCCGGUGGGCCCCUGGGUCUCAGUGCCCGGUGAGCUCUGAAAAACUCAAUGUCGGUGGUCGCUGGGUGGACCAGGAUCUUAUUGAACAUUUCUUUGAGGGUAUCAGUUAUCGGCGUGGAUUUAUCCAGGUCUUCUGGGAUGCCGCGCACCCUUAUGUUUUGGCGCCUGCCACGGUUGUCCAGAUCCUCCAUGUGUAGGGCAAUUUGUCUCAUUUGCGUUGUGCGGUGGUAGAUCGCGUCAGUGUUUGCAGACUGGGCGGAGGACAGGUGGUCACAGUCUGCUUCCAGUUGCGAUACUUUGGUAUGUAGGUCCUGGAUGUCCUCCCGGAGGGAAUGCAGUUCCGCUGUGAUGGAGGCUCGUAGCUCCGAGUUAGCCUCCUUCAGGUCCUCGUUGGGAGUGCCUGGAUCAACUGUACCCAGUCUGGUUGGGGGCCCGGGGAGGUCUGGGCCUGCAUCGUCUGGCGGCCUCCUCGUGGCGACGCUGGGCGCGAAACGUCGUCAGGCUCCAAGGCGGUGGAGGCCCGCGCGGACGUGUCAGUGGGAUUCACUAGGAAUUGCCGCAACGAGACUGCAGCUGUGCCCUUUGGCGUGUCUGUUGGCUUGGUUGUGUGCGGUGCCCGGUGGGUUUUGCCCAUAUUUGCCUGGUUGUCAGGUGCCGUGAUGAGGAUUUGAGCUGAGCCUCUUGGGGAGCUCCGGGUUUACGCCGCCAUCUAUCUCGGCUUCCAAGCCACGCCCGCCUCUUGGCUCUUCUGCAAACCUUUUGAUGGUCCAUAAUAAAAUGGUUUUGCAUUACUGAGCAUGUCUGGUACAUUAUUGAAAAGAAACCUUGCAUAUGAGUGAAAACAUUACUGAAAGCAUACUGAAACUGUACUGUAAACUCAGUAUACAUCAGCCACCCAUUUUCCUCAAUAUGUAGCACACUUGGUGUACUUUAAUUUACACUAUCAAUAUUUUUUGAAGUCAUUUUAUAUUUUGGAUAAUCUUUUUUAAAAAUUAAAAGGUUUUCAAAGUAUUAAAAUAUAAAAAAUAUAUAAUACAUGAAAUAUAUAAGAAAAUAUCAAAAUAUAUCCUAAAAUAUAAAAUAAUUUCAAUAGAUUAAAAUUCUUUUAAUCAAUUACUGUUACAUUAUACAAAAAAAGAAAUAUAUUCCUUAAUGCUGCAAAAAGUGACAGAUUUCUCAGAUAUCUGCAUCACUCUGAAUAACCAAAUCAUUAUAAAUAAUAACAAUAUCUUCUGUAUAUUUGCUGAAAAUGCCGCCAGACCUUUCUAAAGUUUAACCCCUUAAGGACACAUGACAUGUGUGACAUGUCAUGAUUCCCUUUUAUUCCAGAAGUUUGGUCCUUAAGGGGUUAAGCAGCCUGAAUGUUGCUGGGUGCAGUGUUCUGGACUUCCAUAUAGGAUUGCAAGGUCCACCAUGUUUUUAUGGACCCACAAAAUGUAUUCCCUCACUCCAUUAAAUCGUGUUAAAGUUUUUCUUUGUUAAGGCAACAUUGACACUCCAUGAUGUCUCAGGCUUCUACAAAGAACUGCGUACGUAUAUACCACUGCGUGAGUUUAAUGUUAUUUAUGUAAAUCAAAAAUAGAAAAAUGAAUGAUUUUGCUUUUUAAAUGAACAGCACAAGAAUUUGUAAUUAGGUGUUCGGUUGUGCAGAAUGGUCACAAGAGACAGUUCUUCUUUAAGAGGAAACAAACUAACUUUAACUCUUUCACAGAAAUACAAUUCAGUGCAGUAUACAGUGCAUAAUAAUAUAUAAUAAUGUACAAUUAAUUAGCAGUAGUGAGUAUUAGCUAUAUAAUGCAAAUUAAUUUGCAUUGUCAUAUUUGGGGAAAAUGAAAUCAUCCAAAUAUACCACAGAAUUUUCCAAGAGAUCACAGGUUUAAAAUAAAUUAAUACAGAAAAUUCUGUAAGAAAAAUAAAGUAAACACUGUAGCCUAUCUAGAGUAACCAUAUAAUCCUUUAACAUAUUACAAUUCUGCUUUGCAUUAUUCAGACUCAUUCAAAUUUCACUGUGUCUAAAGUUACACAGAAAAGGAAGAAACUUUGUCUAAACAAUGAGCUUAAUAUCUCUUAUCGAAAAUGCCAACAACAAAAAGAUAUUAAACAAAUUUCAUAUAAUCGUAUCAUACUUUUUUUUUUUUAACUCCCCCUCCUGACUCUAAUACAUCUAAUAGCCCCCCUGGUUGCCCCCAAAUGCCCCUAAGCCCCAUAUUACCUAUAUUUAAUGUUUAUUUUCUGCCCGGACCUAGGUCCUGGGCGCCGCCAUCUUUGUGUUGGUAGAUUAAGUCCUUGUGGGACACGUCACCUACCCGCACUAGAUAGCGCUGUGAGAUUCCUGCGCAUUCCCGUUAUUCCGAUGGGAAUUUCGACCAUUCAUUCAUCAGAAAGAUGAAUGAAUAGAAAUUUAAACUAACAAACAAAACGAAUGCUGGGGAUUAGUGAAAUGAAGCAUUGCGAGAUCAGGUGAGAAUUGUGGGAAAAUUCCUUUGACCGCGAGAAGUGGGUCAAACCUGGUCAAGCGUAGGAAACCUCCAUAAGACAAAGUAGUCCCUACUUUGUCCUAUGUUUUAAAGAAAACUAGAGCAGACAUGAAGAAAAGAAGAACAGAUCCUGAGAGAGGGAGAGAAGAGGAAGCGAUUGGGGAAAGGUAAGUUCGACAUGACAGUGCCGCUUUAAAGACAUUUUCCAGUUAAUUAUUAUUAAUUAGUAUACAUCAUUCUUCAUGCAGACACAUGAUAUUUUAAAAAUACAUGCAUACAUACAGUUGCAAGAAAAAGUAUGUGAACCCUUUGGAAUGAUAUGGAUUUCUGCACAAAUUGGUCAUAAAAUGUGAUCUGAUCAUCAUCUAAGUCACAACAAUAGACAAUCACAGUCUGCUUAAACUAAUAACACACAAAGAAUGAAAUGUUGCCAUGUUUUUAUUGAACACACCAUGUAAACAUUCACAGUGCAGGUGGAAAAAGUAUGUGAACCCCUAGACUAAUGACAUCUCCAAGAGCUAAUUGGAGUGAGAUGUCAGCCAACUGGAGUCCAAUCAAUGAGAUGAGAUUGGAGGUGUUGGUUACAGCUGCCCUGCCCUAUAAAAGACACACACCAGUUCUGGGUUUGCUUUUCACAAGAAGCAUUGCCUGAUGUGAAUGAUGCCUCGCACAAAAGAGCUCUCAGAAGACCUACGAUUAAGAAUUGUUGACUUGCAUAAAGCUGGAAAGGGUUAUAAAAGUAUCUCCAAAAGCCUUGCUGUUCAUCAGUCCACGGUAAGACAAAUUGUCUAUAAAUGGAGAAAGUUCAGCACUGCUGCUACUCUCCCUAGGAGUGGCCGUCCUAUAAAGAUGACUGCAAGAGCACAGCGCAGACUGCUCAAUGAGGGAAAGAAGAAUCCUAGAGUGUCAGCUAAAGAAUUACAAAAGUCACUGGCAAAUGCUAACAUCCCUGUUAGCGAAUCUACAAUACGUAAAACACUAAACAAGAAUGGAUUUCAAGGGAGGAUACCACAGAGGAAGCCACUGCUGUCCAAACAAAACAUUGCUACACGUUUACAGUUUGCACAAGAGCACUUGGAUGUUCAACAGCAGUACUGGCAAAAUCUUCUGUGGACAGAUGAAACCAAAGUUGAGUUGUUUGGAAGAAACACACAACACUAUGUGUGGCAAAAAAAAGGCACAGCACACCAACAUCAAAACCUCAUCCCAACUGUGAAGUAUGGUGGUGGGGGCAUCAUGGUUUGGGGCUGCUUUGCUGCGUCAGGGCCUGGACGGAUUGCUAUCAUCGAAGGAAAAAUGAAUUCCCAAAUUUAUCAAGACAUUUUGCAGGAGAAAUUAAUGCCAUCUGUCUACCAGCUGAAGCUCAACAGAAGAUGGGUGUUGCAACAGGACAAUGACCCAAAGCAUAGAAGUAAAUCAACAGAAUGGCUUAAACAGAAGAAAAUACGCAUUCUGAAGUGGCCCAGUCAGAGUCCUGACCUCAACCCGAUUGAGAUGCUGUGGCAUAACCUCAAGAAAGCGAUUCACACCAGAUAUCCCAAGAAUAUUGCUGAACUGAAACAGUUCUGUAAAGAGGAAUGGUCAAGAAUUACUCCUGACUGUUGUGCACGUCUGAUCUGCAACUACAGGAAACGUUUGGUUGAAGUUAUUGCUGCCAAAGGAGGUUCAACCAGUUAUUAAAUCCAAGGAUUCACAUACUUUUUCCACCUGCACUGUGAAUGUUUACAUGGUGUGUUCAAUAUAAACAUGGCAACAUUUCAUUCUUUGUGUGUUAUUAGUUUAAGCAGACUGUGAUUGUCUAUUGUUGUGACUUAGAUGAUGAUCAGAUCACAUUUUAUGACCAAUUUGUGAAGAAAUCCAUAUCAUUCCAAAGGGUUCACAUACUUUUUCUUGCAACUGUAUAUAUCUAUGUAUCUACAAGUGUAUAUAUAUUUAUACACACACUAAGGUAGUACAAAAAUGGGUCAAGUCAAAUCCCUCUGAGGCCUCUGAGCUAUAAACAGAUUCCUGUUGCUUCAGUAAUGUUUUGUUCGUAAUUUUUUCUGGAAAAAAGGAAUUGGCAAGUACCCACCUAUGGUAUAACCAGAAAUCUCUGCAUUGUUGGCUUAAUAGUAAAGACAAAUAAAGAAAUAUCGUUUUGGGAUUUUUAGAAUGAUGUAAGGGCUCAAGAAGGGAAGAGAAGGGCAGUGUUUUGGGUGGAUUGCAGUGGUGGCUGGUGAAGAUAGUGGAGCACCAGACUCCUUCCCCAGAAUUGUACUCCUCCCUUUACAGUACAGAGAGCUGAGCAUAAUACAGAGAUGCUCAUAAAAUAAAACAAGCUGCACACAACAUAAAGAUAUCUAUGAAAUACAUAGACCUAAGCACAAUACAGGGAUAACCAUACUGCACCGAGAGCUGAGAAAAUAAUAGAGAUAUAGCACACAGAGUUGGGCGCAAUACAGAGAUACCUAUACAAUACACAGAACUGGGUAGAGUACAGAGAUACCCAUACAACAGGUAGAGCUGAGUAAAAUACAGAGAAAUAACAGAGACCUGGGCAUAAUAAGGAGAUACUCAUAACUAUCCCACAAAGCCAGAGCUCCAGCUCUCUCUAUAUAUCUUCCUAACCCUCUCUUUGCCCCCUCCUCAUGAUCUCCCCCUCGGUAGUGCUCCUGCUAGGAAAACUUUAGCCUUCUAUUAAAUAUUGCUGCUGUUAAGAAACAUGUCAGCUACUCCAUUAGUUCUCAACAAACAGUGUGCACAAUGUUAAAGCAUCAAAAUACCGAUAGACUCGAAUGAUGUCAGCUAUUCCUUACUCAUUAUUUGCUCUCAGCACACAGUGUACACAGGAUUAAAUCAGCAGGAUACUAAUAGACUCAUUACAUUUGCAGCUGGCAAUAUAAUUAAUCUGCAGUGGUAAUAUGGAUCCAGAAGUAGCUGACAUGGUAAAUAGAAUCAUGGCAUAUUAAAACAGAAUAAAAUAAGAAUCAGAUCAGUCCUCAGAGUCAAAGCCCCAGUCCUGCAGUUUGAAGCCCCACAAUUUUCAACUAGCCAGAACAUGAGUGACUGAGCACUUUAAAGAAGAUGGGAGUUAUUAAAGUAGGAAUUAUUAAACCUAUUUGUGACAGCCAGAACAAUGCUUUGUGCCAGAAUGCCCCCGCUCCCUCUGUCACCUGUGGGCUUCCCUGGCUUUAUAUAUAUUAUAUAUGUAAGUAAAUUCCUUUGCUUAUUCAGCCCUCAGGCAGUCACUGGGGCUAUUGGGGGGAGAGAAAAAAGAUAUAUGACACUCACAUUUGUGAGGGGCCUAGGACCUACUGUUGCUAUGCUUUCCUGGUACUGUUGGAGAGAUGGCUCCUUGCUUCUCUCUCCUGUGGGCACUGUAACACCGCCCUACUGCCCCUUGAGAGCCCAAUAGCAGGCAACCACUCAUGGGUAGCUUGUACUGACCCAGAAUAGAAACUCGAUUAAAAUUCUUGCAAUUCCUUCUCAAAGGACACAAGACAUGUGCAAAGCCUGCUGAACCAGGGCAGAUUUUAAACCUGGACCAUUUUUUGACAUGUCUAGAUGCUCUCAAGUGAGCUUCUCCAAACAGCUACUAACGAGGGAGCAAGGACCCUGCAGAGCUGAAACCUAUUACAGAAUUAAAGAGACACUAAUUAUUAACAAGGGGUCUGUGCAGAAGCCAAUAUUGUUGGAGUGGAUGAAUAGUCCACAACUGUGUCCUCAAAGGAGGCUGAGAUGUUUCCUUAAACUGUGGUGAUCGGAUUGCAUUGUCUGUUUCAUUGAAAGCUGCAAUAAAAUAGAAAUAAUCAAGUUUGGUACAGAAAUAUUGUGUAGAAAGUGAAAAUGAGCUAGGGUUUAAACAAAACGGGAAUUGCAGGGAAAUGGGAUUGCUGAAGAGCUUCUAUAUACCAGCAUGACUAAAUUCCUUGAAUCUAGCUCCUGUCAUUACGAAGCAGUGGCCCAACACGCAGAAUUAAUCAAAACAUGUAUCAAAUACAAACAGUAACAACACAUUACCGGGCCUUUGAAUGGCCGGAAUUAACGUAAUAGAAUAAACAGUAACGAGCCGGAGUCAGGAAUACAGAAAGGAACAAAUACGGAAAGAACAAAGCCAAAGGGUCAGGGAUAUCAGAAAUACGGGAAGUCAAGCCAGAAUCAGGAACACGCUCUCGCAUAACCAACAGGAUGGAAACCACGACAGGGCACUGAACAACUGCAUGUUUGAGUUUAAAUAACCCAGUUAAUCCUGCUAUUGGCUGAUUUGGGUCCCAUGACCCCAGAACGUGCGUGCACAGCAAAAAUGUGACACCGCAUGCAUGUUCACGUCACUAGUAACGUCAUUGGGGUGGCGUUUUUAUAUAGCGCCGCCUUUCAGUGGCCGGCAUCCUUCCUAACACUGGACCUGGACACUGAAUUACAAACUGCACGGAGGGAGAGGCUCUGGAGGUAAGGUUAAAACCCCUUCAGUGACUUACCCUUGGCACUGGUCAGGCUCUGCCUACUCUCCGCCUACUCUCCACGCACGCGCAUUAGACCUCCCCAUGGGAAAGCAUUAUUCAAUGCUUUCCUAUGGGCAUUUUGGCGAUUCUGGAAGUCCUCACAUAGCGUGAGGACUUCCAGCAUUGCUUUAAACACUUUUCAUGUUCUAAGAACACAGAAGUCCCUCGGUGAUCACUAGGAGCAUCGAAUGACAGAGGUACCCGGUCAGGGUGCCAGGCGGUCCAUCACAGUGUGUGAUCAUGAAGUUGAAAGAAAAAGGAAAAGAAAAAACACAAGUAUAACAUAACAGAAGUCACUGCAAUAGUAAGUGGUGAAGAAUAGAAGCUCGCUGCCACAUCCGAUACCACAGAUUGGCCUCCAUAGGUAAUACAUCCCAACGCCGAAGAUUGCUUCACCUCUUGUCCCAUCCUGGCAAUUGUAGCAAACAACAAGUGCAUGCCACGAGAUCUGCUUGGUUUGCCAGGCUGUUUUAUCACCUCAAGCUCGCGCCAUAGAGGGAGCCAUUGCAUUUUGUCUAGGGGCCUUCUCCAGCUGUAUGGUAGGACCUCUGGUCCGCAGAGGCUCCAAGAUUUGUGGCCUCCCUUGAGAGUGUGGGUGGCUUGGUGAAUGUGGCUACACAUGGGCACUGGUUGCAGUGAGGUAAGUGUGCCCAGUGGUUGACCGGAAUAUCCCCCCCGGUCCAGAGUGGGGGUUGCUUGGUGCCAAGCGGGAGAUUGGCCGCUUCCCCCAGCCAGUGGGUUGACUCCCCUCAGGUAGGCCUCAAGACCGGAUAGCAAAGUGUUGUGCUGCGAUUUUUGGGGCGCAAAGAGCCGACUUCAAUGUAGCAACAGGCUUCAUUUGAUUUUCUGUCAUCAGCAGCUUUUAUGCAUUUAAGGUCAAAUUAGGGCUUAUAAUGACCGAAGCUCCUAGAGAAUGCAUCCGGCCAUCGGAAACCCAGGCCCUGCCCCUCAAUUUUUCUGUGUGUUCAUACGAGAUGGGCUAGCCUUUGCUCCCCAUCUGCAUCAAUGAGCCUUGGGCACCCAUGACCAUGAUUCAGGUUUAUCGGUUUUCCUUCCUUGUACCACUUUUAAUAGGUACUAACCACUGCAUACCAUGAAUACCCUACAAGACUUGCAGUUUUGGAAAUGCUCUGGCCCAGUCAUCUAGCCAUCACUAUUUGGCUUUUGUCAAAGUCACUCUGAUAUUUUCACUUGCCCAUUUUUCUUGAUUCCAACACAUGAAAUUCAGGAUCUCACUGUUCACUUGCUGCCUUGCUGCUCCUUGACAGGUUUCAUUUUAACAAUAUAAUCAAUGCUAUUCUCUUCACCUGUUAGUGGUUUUAAUGUUGUGGCUGAUCAGUGUAGAUGAACAAACACAUUUACGUGAUUUUGAGUAAGGGGAGUUUAUUAUGGCGAGAUGAGUAUAUUUGUAGUUUAAAAUGUAUUAAUGCUAAUAUUGUAAUGUUAUUUAUGAAAAAAAAAAAGAGAAGAUCUAUCAAAGCGAUAGUAAAAUAUGCCUGACAGUCUUAUAACUCCUUAAUUCUUUAUGUAUAAAUAUAGAAAAUAUGCGUGUGUAUGUAAAAAGAUACUUCAAAUUUACUGUUGUUUUCAUCAUAUACAUAUCAUACCUUAGGAAAAGUCAAUCUUGGCCACAGCAAAUCAUCUCUCCCAGAAUGCUCUAUUUGAUAUGCAAAUGAGCACAUGGAUGAAGUAUAAAACAUGAUGCCUGUGGUGCAUAUUUAGCAGAGCAUUAUGCAAGAAUUUGGAUUUAUUUAAGGAUCACUAUAGUGUCAGGAAAACAAAGCAGGUUUCCUGACAUUAUAGUGCCCUGAGGGUGCCCCCACCCUCAGGGUCCCCCUCCCGUGGCGCUGAAGGGGUUAAACCCCCUUCAGCCACUUACCUUAUUCCAGCGCCGGGCUCCCCCGGCGCUGGUGACCUCUCCUCCCCCGCCGACGUCAGCUCCCCCGUCCGACAUCAGCGGAGCCGAAUGCGCAUGCUCGGCAAGUGCUGCGCGCGCAUUCAAAGUGUCCAUAGGAAAGCAUUUCUUAAUGCUUUCCUAUGGACGCUCUGCGCGAUGGAGGCUAAAUGUGCCUCCAGCGUCGCAGAUGCGCCUCUAGUGGCUGUCCGGAACACAGCCACUAGAGGCUGGAUUAACCCCAAAUGUAAACAUAGCAGUUUCUUUGAAACUGCUAUGUUUGCAUCUGAAGGGUUAAAACCUGAGGGACCUGGCACCCAGGCCACUUCAUUGAGCUGAAGUGGUCUGGGUGACUAUAGUGUCCCUUUAAUAUUAGCAUUGAUAUAGCUCCAACAUGUUCUGCAACGCUUUACAAUGAUAGAAAGUCCCUGCUCAAACGAGCUUACCAUGAGCAUAUGCGGUAGGAAUAUAUACAUCAUUAUGUACACUUACUGGUGAGGUGGUCUGACUGAGAUUUACAUCUGCUCUAACCAGGCAAUAUACUGUGAUAUAAUGAGAUUUUUUUUUCCAGAUUUGCUGUGCCCAAGACAGACUUUUCCCAAAGUCUGACAUGUGAUGUGUUGGUUAUGCACAACAAUACAUUUUGGAUUUGGAUCAAUCCGUGAGGACCUUUAUUUUGUUUUCAUCUCACAACAACUUUCUUUAGUGCUUAAAUAGUUAAAUUAUUAGAUAAUCAAGUUCUAGCUAUAGAGUACAGAGGGGUAUGUGCUGCUGAUUACAGAAAUAGAUAUUUCUCUACUCAAUGUUAAACAGUGAUGGAGUAUAAAUCAUUUAAUUCAACCAUCAAUGUGCUGUAUGUUCCACUUAAAUGUGUACACAAAAUUGAUACCUCUCAAUUUUUUCCAGGUGAUGUUUUCAUACUUGUGUUCAGCCUAGACAGCAGAGAUUCGUUUGAUGAAGUGAAGAGGCUGAGGAAGCAAAUUCUGGAAGUCAAGUCUUGUGUGAAGAACAAGACAAAAGAGACAGGAGACUUUCCAAUGAUGAUCUGUGGUAACAAGAGUGAUUGUGGUGAGCAUCAUCGCAAGGUGCAUACAGAAGAGGCGGAACAUCUGGUCUCUGGAGAUGAAAACUGUGCCUACUUUGAAAUAUCAGCAAAGAAAAACUCAAAUGUGGACAAGAUGUUUCAAGUCCUAUUCAGCAUGGCUAAACUUCCCAAUGAGAUGAGCCCAGCCCUUCAUCGUAAGAUAUCCAUGCAAUAUGGAGAUCCAUUCCAACAGAAGUCAUUUCGAUUAAGAAGGCUGAGAGAGAUGGGUGCUUAUGGCAUGGUGUCUCCUUCUGCUAGACGUCCCAGUGUCAACAGCGACCUCAAGUACAUCAAAGCUAAAGUGCUGGGAGAGGGUCAGGGACGAGAAAGAGAAAAAUGUACCAUCCAAUAAGAGUCCUCUAUAUCAUUGGCUCAUAAGCCAGUCCUCAAGGCACACUAACAGUAUAGGUUUUUCCAAUGUCUCCAUUGCAGCAGAAUUGGGAAUUGUGGAAAUUCUGGACUGUUGGUGUGCUUUUAGACUGGCUUGGGAGUCACUGUUCUAGAGCAAAGAGAUGUGCCUUUAGGGUCCUUGGAGGUAGAGCACCCACACAGGAUUUGAAAACAUUCUAUAUUUUUAUGGGAGUUAUUGUGAAAGGAAAGCCUCUAGAUUUGUACAUCAGCUUUAUGUAAUGAACUGAAGUUAGUGAGAUUUAAAAGCUUUAUGCAUGUUUCAUUUGCAUUUGCUCAGUUUUUUGCUGACAGAACCUGUCACUGUUAAAGGAUUUUCAAACAAAUGUAAAGUAACUGUCAAUACAUUGGCAUGUACAAUAAUCUGAAAACCAAGAUUCCAAGAAAAAUGUCUGAAAAGGUUUCCUAUACCUACCUUCACUUAUUGUUUUGAAUAUAACAAUGACCUUUCUGCAGGACGUAGAUACUUGAAUGAGGAAUAUACAAAACAUUAUCUAUUAAAUGAAAACUACAUUACUUUAUUACAUUUAUGUGGACAAAACUAUCCUAGUGAGAACCCACACUCACUAUUUGAAAUAACUUUAUAGCCUCACACAAAGAAGUCAUAACAACAGCAAAAUGACAAGAAAUAAGUUUAGCUACAAACCCUGUAUAGUAUAUAAUGUUGUUCUCAUUGGUUUAACUGCUUGGUUAAAAAUGGCUAGUGUGGUGUUUUAAUAAUUCUUUAGCACUUUGAUGUCAGCUUUUACUUUUCAUGUUUGAUUCCUUUUUGUCACUUUAGUUCUGGUUGACUAUAAUGACUACACAAUUAAAUAUUUAAAUUAGUGCUGUCUAACUUCUUGGUGUGGCUGGACCCAUCUUUGAGCAUUUCAGCCCGAUUGAAGAAUUUCAUAAGAUCAACCUUCUAGAGCAGGCUUCCUCAAACUCCGGCCCUCCAGAUGUUGCUGAACUACAACUCCCAUGAUUCUAUGAAUGAAAUAGAUAGGCUGAGAAUCAUGGGAGUUUGUAGUUCAGCAACAUCUGGAGGGCCGGAGUUUGGGGAAGCCUGUUCUAGAGGAUAAAUCAGUGGGUCUUAAAAUCUGGGGAACCAAUAUUAGCCUAUUCAGUUGUGCUGAAAAGUUUGCAUACCCUGACAGAAACUGGGAAAUUUUGGCAUUGAUUUUGAUAUAUGACUGAUCAUGCAAAAACAUGUAUUUUAUUAAAGGAUAGGGAUCAUAUAAAGCCAUUUAUUAUCACAUAGUUGUUUGGCUCUUUUUUAAAAUCAUAAUGAUAACAGAAAUCACUCAAAUGGCCCUGAUCAAAAAUGUACAUACCCUUGAAUGUUUGGCCUUGUUACAGACACACAGGUUAAAAUGGCAAUUAAAGGUUAAUUUCCCACACCUGUGGCUUUUUAAAUUGCAAUUGGUGUCUGUGUAUAAAUAAUCAAUGAGUCUGUUAGCUCUCACGUGGAUGCACUGAGCAGGCUAGAUAAUGAGGAUCAGAAAAGAAUUGUCAAAAGAUCUGUGUAGCAAGGAAAUGGAACUUUAUAAACAUGGAAAAGGAUAUAAAAAGGUAUCCAAAGCCUUGAAAAUGUCAGUCAUUACUGUUUAAUCACUUAUUCAGAAGUGGAAAAUGUGGAGAUCUCUUGAUACCAAGCCAAUGUCAGGUAGACCAAGAAAAAUUUCAUCCACAACUACCAGAAGAAUUGUUCGGGAUACAAAGAAAUACCCACAGGUAACCUCAGGAGAGAUAAUAAACUGCUCUGGAAAAAGACGGUGUGGUUGUUUCAAGGAGCACAAUAUGACGAUACUUGAACAAAAAUUAGCUGCAUGGUCGAGUUGCCAGAAAGAAGCCUUUACUGCGCCAAUGUUACAAAAAAAGUCCAGUACAAUAUGCCUGACAACAACUUGGCAUGCCUCACAGCUUCUUGCACACUGUAAUUUGGAGUGAUGAGACCAAAAUAGAGCUUAAUGGUCACAACCAUAAGUGCUAUGUUAGGAGAGGGGUCGACGAGGCCUAUACUGAAAAGAAUACCAUUCCUACUGUGAAGCAUGAUGGUGUCUCACUGAUGUUUUGGGGGAGGGGGGGUGAGGGGUUGGGCUAAAGGCAUGGGAAAUCUUGUGAAAAUUGAUGGCAAGAUCAAUGCAGCAAGUUAUCAUUCUUCUGCACGAAGGCUGCACCUGGGAUGCUCUUGGACUUUCCAGCAUGGCAAUGACCCUAAGCAUGAGGCGAAGUUGACCCUCCAGUGGUUACAUCGGAAAAAGCUGAAGGUUCUGGAGUGGCCAUCACAGGCUCCUGACCUUAAUAAUCGAGCCACUCUAGGGAGACCUCAAACGUGUGGUUCAUGCAAGAUAACCAAAGACUUUAAAACCUGGAGGCAUUUUGCCAAGAUGAAUGGGCAGCUAUACCACCUGCAAGAAUGAGGGGCCUCAUAGACAACUAUUACAAAAGACUGUACGCUGUAAUUCAUGCUAAAGGGGGCAGUACACAGUAUUAAAAUAUAAGGGUAUGCAGACUUUUGAACAGGGGUCCUUUAAUUGUUUUCUUUGUUGCCUUUGUUUUAUGAUUGUGCCAUUUUGUUGAAUAUGAAUCCCAUAAGUAAUAAAAUAAAUCUGUUUUGCCUGCUCAUGCAUGUUUUCUUUUAAAAUGGUACCUUUAUUACCAAUUCUCCAAGGGUAUGCAAACUUUUGAGCACAACUGUACGAUGAAUAAAAAAAAAAAUGUUAAAGGCUGAAUAUUGUAAUGUCACAGAAGGAGCUAUUCAAAUGGCCAAGACUUUUGGAUUUGAAUUAAAGAAUUUGAGUAUGUCAUAUCAUGGAUGUUUAAAACACCCAAAGGGCUAAUGAACAAUUGGAAAGCAUACAGACUUUCGCCAACUGGCCGAGUGUAUGGAAUUAAUAUGUGAUCUUGCCAGCAAUCACUUUUCUUUUCUAGACACUACCAAACCUAUUUAAAUCUAAGGACAUUAUUCAAAUACAGAAAGAAACCACAAGGUAUAUUUGUGAGUAUAAAAAAAAAGUAAGAAUCGGGCAUUAUCAGGGUUAUUCACUAAAGUGAGAAUAUAAAGGGAAUUCAUAUUUAAGGUCAAAAUAGCAGCACUGGGAAAGUUCCAAAAUUUUUCCAUUUUGGCUACUUAAAUUUGAGAUUCACUUUGAAUUUCCACUUUAGUAAAUAAUCCUGAAUAUCACAUACAAACAAAGAAUGAGAGGCAUUUUGGCAUCACCAACUUACAAUUAUUCCGCAAAGUGGGACAUUUUAUCAGAUGCUUAGGUAUGCUGGGUGGACAUUGAGGAGACAAUGUGCAGCAAUAUGCCGCUGUCUAGACUCCUAUAGAUCCCGUGUAUUCAUCAGAAAGUUGAGUUAGUUAAUCAAAAUUAAAAUACACAGAUAAAGGCACAGGUGAGCAAGGUGCCUAAAAAGCUCUCUUCUCAUCCUCCAUGUAAAUGUCCAUCUUGGGCAACCCAUUCUUUACAGAUAGUGUGAUAGAACAAUGGACAACUUUCAAUGGUGGAGUAAACAUUACCUGAAAACUUAAUUAAUUUGUAAGUUCACUCACUAUAGUCAGGUCAUUAAAUUAUGGAAAAUCACAAUCUACAAUCAUCAGAGUUUGCAAAUCUAACCCUGUGGAAAAAAUUCAUCAUUAGACUCCUAGAGCAACACCCAAACCUUAGCCUCCUUGCAUUUCAAUGCCCUUAGAAAUUCAGGUAUAAAUGUAAAUAAACCAUCUUGUGUAUUCAAGCUAUGAUACUAAAUAUAUUACAACAUACUUGGAAAACACCAUAGGAAAUACCAUGGGAAAUGUGACAUUUCAAAUGGAAACUGGAGAGAUACUUUCAAGCUGUCCUCUAAGGUAGCCACUUGCAUGACAAUGUAAAAAAAAUCUUGUAAAAUGAAGUCACAAUUACUCAUACCUAAUGACGAACUGUACAAGAGGCUAAAGCGAAAAAUGCUAUUACUUCUAUGUUUGGCGACAGUGCAGCAAAAUACAGCCUUUUGGUGAGACAUAUUUUAUUUAUUUAAAGCUCUCCUGAAAGUGGACUUUCAGUCCAAUUCAUUUGUUGCAGUGUUGAAUGGAAAAACAUAUUGGGCUAAAGUCAGUUGAAUUUUGCUAAAAAGUACCCAUCAAAUGUGUAAAUCUGCGAUAAUCUGUAUCAAUACGAUAUGAAAAGUCUCCCAAUUACACACAAAAAUAUGGAUUAUAUAAGGGAUCUUAAACCCGGGUGCUCAGAUGUUGAUGGUCUUCAAAUCCCAGAAAUCUUUGAAUGCAAUAGAUGGCUACGGAAUUUAUUGGAGUUACAGUUCAGAAAAAAAAUGAGGGUGCCUGGUUUAUAUUGGCAAUAACAGAACACAGAAUCCAUGAUUAACUCAGAAUAGCCAAAUUUAAGCAUAUAGCCUGUACCACAUUUCAGUCCAAACACAAUCUAAAGUUAUAAAAAAAUUUAAGACUACAAUCCUGGCGUGACUCAACAGACAGGAAAAGGCCGGGGAAAAAUAACAACUACAGAUCUAAACACAGCUCAAUUUUGUGCUCACUAUAACUCUCAAUUAAAUAACAUUCCUAUAAUUAUUAAUACAAGCCUUCUUUUAUUAUUGAAAUAACUGAAAAAAUACGAUUAUCUAAACAACUCUUCUUUCCUACUUUCUUUGUUUAUAACACAAGGUAAAUAAAAAAAAACUACAUGCAUAUGCAACAUUGAAAAGGGUUGAUGAGUUUUAUAAAGAAUAGUUUGCCACUGUUUCAUAAAAAUACUUUAAAAUCUGAACACUUCAUAUUUUAUAUAUCAAAGGUUUUGAACAGGUCAAGAUGUAAAUGCACUAUAGUUAAACAUAAUGAUUUUGUGAAUUUCUCUUCUCUAUGUUUUAGAAAACAGGUGGACACAAUAUAAUUUUUUGUUCGGAUUUCUUUGUAUGUACAGGUAUGUUCUAACUUUUGCCUGAAUUUAAUAAACUUUCCAAAGGAUAUAAUACUGUUAGAAAAAACUCUCCAAAUGUUUUAUCUAUAGAAGUCCCCAUUAAAGUCUAUGGAAUUUUUUGUAGAUAAAGCAUUUGGAGCGUUUUAUAACAGGAUUGUAUCAUUUGGAAAGCUGACCAAAUGUAGGCCUUAGUGAGAUAACAUCCAAAUAAUGCAAUGUAACAAAGUUGACUAAUGUAACCCUGUAAUGUAUUGUAAUCACAUUUUAUUAAAAACAAAACAGUGUGUAAUAUGAA